AUGAUCAACGCAUUCCUAGUCUUCAACGGCCAAGGCCAGCCUCGCCUAACAAAGUUCUACACCCAACUGGAAACCUCCAUCCAGCAACGGCUCAUCUCCGAGAUCUUCACCUUGGUUUCCAACCGCGCCCCCGGAUCCUGCAACUUCCUGCCUUUGCCACCCUUACUGGCCGCCUCAGGCACCUCCUCGUCCUCCUCCUCGGCCACAGAACAGAAUGAUGUCCCCUCCCUCGUAACCUACCGUCACUACGCUACACUCUAUUUCAUUGUCAUUUCAACAUCCACCGAGUCCCCACUGGCACUAAUCGAUCUUAUUCAAGUCUAUGUUGAGGCGCUGGACAGAUUAUUUGAGAACGUCUGUGAGCUGGACUUGAUCUUCAACUUUGAGACGCUACAUGCUACACUGGGCGAGAUGAUCGUGGGCGGCGUGGUAAUAGAGACGAAUAUGGAGCGCAUUGUUGCGGGUGUAAGGGCACAAGGAGCAGUGGCCAAGAGGCCGGUCAAUGAGGGAUCAAGGGGUGGCGGAGGAGCAGGACUGGGAGCUAUGGCUGCUGCUGGAUUCCAGGGAAUGGGUGGGAACUUUGUCUGGCAUGGCAGGUGA